AUGAUAUUUGCAGUAGUCUCCGCCCACUGCAGUCACCAGACUCAUCCCAUGGAUAUGCGCGGACAGCAAACAUACCCCUAUGCUCCUACAAUUAAGAACCCAGCGCUGGUCGUAGAUUGAAUCAUAAAUGCUCAUUGCUGAGCAGGAGUCGUUCCGAUUUACACCUUCAAAAUGCCUUCUUUAUAACCAAUCGUACUGCAAUCAGAAGGAUGGCGACUGUAUCCUGGACUGAUAAUUUGACAAGGAUGACCGGUGCUAACGAGGCCAACACGGCGCCCACUGAGGCAAGUACCGAGGGCAACCCGGAAGAUCCCGGCACCCUGAGUGGGAGUGAAUUAGCAAGCGUGAUCAUAUACUGGACAAUUGGUACUUUGGGCGUCAUCGGUAACACUUUGGUAUGCCUGAUAUUCCGCGUGUUGAAGCAACGGCGUAGCCAAGUCAAUCUGUACAUCUUAAACCAAGCCUUUGCGGAUUUGGUCACGGCAAUUCUCCUAAUUGCUUUUGGUACCACACGGGUCUAUCGUUCUGUUAUCUCCCAUCAGGGUGCAUUAGGGGUGUUCCUCUGUCGCCUAUGGUGGUCUCGUUUCUUUCUCUUCUCUGGGUUUGCGGUAUCUGCUCACAAUCUCACCCUGAUGUCAGUGGAGCGCUACGUGGCUGUUGUGUACCCCUUACGCUACAGCAAGAUCUUCACAGCACGCUUCACCAAAGUGACCAUUCUCCUCGUAUGGCUAAUCGCACCCAUCAUGCAGUACACUUUCCCAAUUUUCCAACGGACCAUUAUCAAUGGAGAGUGUGCGUUCCAACCAACAUGGACUGCAGCCGCUGGCACGGCUGCUGGUGUCAGUCUGUUCGUGUGGGAGUACUUCCUCCCUUGUGUCAUCAUGUCGUAUGCUUAUGUCACCAUCGUCCGGACCCUGAAGAGAAAGGAAAAGGCGAUGUCUUCUCAGAACCAGACUGUGGCGACUGUCAGCGGCAUCCGUGGCCCGUCUAAAGCGUCCUAUGCCCGGCGUCGUAAUGUCACCGUCACGCUUUUUACCGUUUUCAUCGUCUACGUUGUCUGCUGGACCCCCAACCAGUUCACUUUCCUGCAGUUCAACCUGGGUGGCUCGGUCAACUUUGACGGUGCUUGGUAUCUUUUCACCGUGGUUGCAGCAUUCAUCAACUCCUGCUCCAACCCUUUCGUGUAUGCCCUCAUGCACAGGCAGUUUCAGGCUGGGUUAAAGCUGAUACUGCGUUGUCGAAGAAGAGGUAACGCAAUCAUGGAUGGGACUCUUACCGAUCGAAGCACCAUGGGUACUGUACUAGACUGAUGAUCAU